CAUGAACCCUAAGCUAAACCUUUCGUUCCCGAUCCUUCUUCCUCCUCCCUCCCCUCCUCUUCUCUUCUCUCAUCCCCAAAAUGCACAGAGUCAAGAGAUGGAUGCUCGUUCCCUCGUAUUCAACCCUGCGCUCUCUCCUCCGACCUUCUUCUUCUUCUUCUUCUUCUUCUUCUUCUUCAUCAUAUUCGUAUUCCUCCGAUCCCUCAAUUUCAAAAGGCCCAGUCACCCAAGAAUCAGUGGUCUACGUCCUUAAACAGCUGGACAAGAAACCCCCCAAAGCUCUCGAGUUCUUCAAGCACGUCACCUCCGUCCACGGCUUCAAGCCCGGCCCCACCGCCUACAACCUCAUCCUGCGCAUCCUCGGCGGCCACCCCGACCACUCUUCUGAUUUCUGGCUCCUCCUCAGAUCCAUGGACUCCUCCGGCCACUCCCUCGAUGACGGUACCUACUUAAACCUCCUCUCUAAAUUCAAGACCCAGAAAAUGCCUGCAGAGGUCUCUGCCCUCUCUCACUUCUACUCUCAGAAACGCAAGGACUCUGCUGCCGAUGCCACCGUAGAAAGGGUCUCCAAAGCCCUCCUCCUCACCAGCUCCUCUGAGCCUUGUUGGGAUGAGGAGGAGGUCGAGAAGAGAGUGCGAGAAAUACAUGAUUUCCAUCUAUCCGGAACAUUGGUGGCAAAAGUGCUUAGGGAAGUUAGGAAUUCUCCUUUGAAGGCUUUGGCAUUCUUCCGGUGGUCUGCUUCUGCUUCUUCUGAUUACGAGCACGGCUCUGUUGCUUACAACGCCAUGGCUCGAGUUCUCGGGAGAGAGGAGUCCAUUACGGAGUUUUGGGAGCUGAUUGAGGAAAUGACGAGAAAGGGUGUGGUGAUGGACGUUGACACUUAUGUCAAGAUGUUAAGGCAGUUUGUGAAGAAUAAGAUGGUGGAGGAAGCCGUGAAGCUGUACGAGUUCAUGAUGGACGGGCCUUACAAGCCUGCUGUCCAGGACUGCGGCAUCCUCUUGAGGCACAUCUCGUUGAGCGGGAAUCCUGAUCUCGGUCUUGUUUCAAGGGUUGUUACCAAGUACGAGGCUGCAGGGCACUCUUUGUCUAAGGCGGUCUAUGAUGGGAUCCAUAGGUCUCUCACGAGCAAUGCCAAGUUUGAGGAAGCCGAGGAGAUAAUCAAGAGGAUGAGAGACGAGGGUUAUGAGCCGGAUAACAUCACGUACAGUCAAUUAGUGUAUGGACUGUGUAAGGCGAAGCGGUUUGAGGAAGCUUGCAUGAUCUUGGAUAAGAUGGAAGAGGAGGGAUGUGCUCCGGAUCUCAAGACAUGGACGGUAUUGAUACAGGGGCAAUGUCAGGCCGGUGAAAUUGAUAUGGCUUUAGAAUCCCUGAGGAAGAUGCUGAAUAAGGGUUGCCAGGCUGAUGCUGAUCUUCUUGAUAUAGUGGUCAAGGGAUUGUGUGGCGGCCAGAGAAGAGUUGAUGGUGCUUGCACUUUGGUCACUGAAAUGGUUGCCAAAGCCCGCUUAAGGCCAUGGCAAGCGACUUACAAGAAUCUAAUCCAGGAGCUGUUGAAAGAAAGAAGGCUUGAAGAGGCGUUGAAGAUUCUUGGUUCGAUGAAGAGUCACAAAUAUCCACCUUUUGCAGAUCCUUUUCCUCCAUACAUCUCAAAGUUUGGAACCGUCGAAGAUGCACGAGAGUUCCUAAAAACAUUGUCAGUGAAGACUUACCCCUCACACACUGCAUACUUGCAUGUUUUCAAGUCCUUUUUCGAUGAAGGGAGGUACACUGAAGCCCAAGAUUUACUUUUCAAAUCCCCGCAUCACAUUCGCAAGCAUUCUGAAAUUACCAAGCUGUUUGGGUCUCUUAAAGUUGAGAGUGCUGCCUGAUUCAUUGAAUUGGUUUCUGAGAGUUUAAACAUCGUUAUUUAUGAGCGAUAUAUAAUGAGGAGUGUAACUCUUUCGGCCUUUUUCGUUUUGAUGCAAUGAUACAGAACAAUGGCUAAGCGUAAUGUGUUGACGGAUGGGAAGUAAUGGGUUUGAUUGCCAACCAUUUUAUGCAUAGGGCUAGCAAGUUGCAGAUUCAGUUAUAGCAUACAACCAUUUAGCAACGAUUUGUAGUUAUAUUACCUCUCUUUUUUUUUAACCAACAUUUUGAAGUGUUCUUACAAGUUACUAGUAUGAACAUUAGUUCUUCUUCGA